AUGCGUUUCGCUGCCAUCAUCGCUGCCCUCGCCGUCACGGCCACCGCGCUUCCCGCAACCUCGCUAGAGCAGACGGGUGCAUCUCUUGUUCUCAUGUUAGACGCUCAGGCGGCCGCUUGUGCCCACCAAGACUCAUAUGACAUCUGCCGUUCUAACUGCAGCCCGCUCGCUCCGUCGUUCGCCUGCCAGAUCAACUGUCUCAUCGCCUAUUGUGCCUAA